GCGGGGCUCCCCGGACCUCGGCGGACCAGGACCUCGUCUGUUCCUCCUCCUGGACUCGGCAGGUGCUGUCGCUGAACAGCCUGGCGUCCGAGAUCUUGUUAUUUCUGUGCUGGCAGCUGUCGCCCCUGCGCUGCGCCUGGAUUCCUCUCUUCUUUUUUUUCCUUGCUUCCGGGCGUCUCGAGGAGGUGGGAUUUGUGGAAUGCACUGUCCGCACGAAAGCGUGUUUUCCCGUUUGGCGCCGUGAGGAAUUCUUUCAUCCAUCGAUCGAUCGAUCGAUCAAUCAGUCAAGUCCGUCAGCCCGGCUGGGACCUGCCCCCACUGCCGGAGCGGAGCCAGGAUCUCCUCGAGUGCUUGCAGAUAUCCGAGUCUUCCCUGGAAGUCCCGUCGGCCGUUCCCUGAAGCGGAGAGAGCAGGGCCUGCCCACCCAGAGGCGGUGGGGGGGCGAGGCUGGCCGGAGGGAGGACGGGUGUCGCCAGGGCACACCACGGACCCCCCCCAGCCGGCGUGCCCCUGGUCUGGAUUGAGAGAGACGCCCGUGCCCUACGAGGGGGGUGGCUCUUGCCCCUGUCGCCCAUUUUCCCCCGAUCCUGCGGCGGAGCCUUGUAUCGACGCUGAAGGGUGGCUUCGUGUGUGGGACCCAAACGGACCCCGCGUGACCCUGUGACCCUGUGACCCCGUGACCCCAAGAGGCCGAGUGGUCCAGGACCUGAACGCCGCCCGGGACGCCAUCUGAACACAGCAGGAGCAGUUGGAGACUGUUCUGAGUCUAUCCCCUGUCUGUAUUUCUGUAAUCCGUGCGUCUGCAGUCGACGCUGGAUCAUGACUUGUGCGCCGGUCCGGACCUGCGUUUAGACUUUUCCGUCUCCAGUCGAACCUGUCGCCGGACCGCCUGGUGAACCCCGCUCGUGAGGCCGACCUGCUCCGGGCAUGCUGGACACGGGUCCCAGGAUGCGGAUCGAGCCCGCCCCCCUGGGGGCUCCUCCACCCAUCGGGGGCGCCCCGGAGAAGCGGCAGAGGCGAUUGGGCUACGGCAGACACACCUACCCCAGCCUGCGGGAAGUCCUGCAGCUCAAGCUCCAGCAGCGCCGGACCCGGGAGGAGCUGGUCAGCCAGGGAAUCAUGCCACCACUGAAAAGUCCAGCUGCUUUCCACGAACAGAGGAGAAGUCUGGAGCGAGCGCGGACCGAGGACUACCUGAAGAGGAAGAUCCGCUCGCGCCCGGAGCGCUCGGAGCUGGUCAGGAUGCACAUCCUGGAGGGUGCGUACCCACCCACGCGGUGUGCGUUAACGGCGUUUGACCAGCGGGGGCGCUGCGAAGCCACAGCGGGUCGUGUCUUCCUGUCUGGAUCGCGCAGGAGCGUGGUGGUGCUCGCCCAGCUGGGCCGGUGUGGUGACCGUCCGGUGGCUCCUGUCCCUCAUGGGGCCGGUGUGGUCACUUGGAGCCCCUCGCUCUCUUGCCCUUGCGGGUAUUUAAUCAUGACGAUGGCCGCUAGUUCAGCUGCAGGUCUGUUUGACCCUCUCCAGGGGCUCGUCGGCGGACUCGGGGGGUCGGGGGGGGCUCUCGUGGGCUCGUCCGCUCACGAGGCUCGGGCUGCUUGUGCUGGCUUGGCGGUGCUGCGGGGAGCGAGCCGGGGCAGGACGGGCGCGAUGUCGGGUCGGGAUACAUUGUCCUAUCGAGACGCGGAAGGUGCCGAUGGCUUAUCUCCCCGUUCUCCUUGCCUCGCUCUUCUAGAGACGGAGUUCCCGAAGGUGGCGGGCGAGAGCUCGUCCUUCGACGAGGACAGCAGCGACGCCCUGUCCCCCGACCAGCCUGGCAGCCGGGGGUCCCCUGCCAGCACCGUCCCCCAGCCCUCGCCCCUGAUGGACACGCAGGCGCAGAGCAGCACGCCUUCGCCCGCACAGUCUCUUUCUCUGGCCCCGCCCACCCCGGAACCACCAGCCCCCCAGCAGAAGCUGACCAAUGGGGCGGCAGCGCCAGCUCAGAGCCGGCCCACCCCCUCUCUCAUCAAGCAGCCCCAGGGCAAGCUGGGCCCCGAGCGCCCCAGCCAGCGCAGUAAGAAGGCGAAGGACAGCAAGCCCAAGGUGAAGAAGCUCAAGUACCACCAGUACGUGCCUCCGGACCAGAAGCCGGAGCGCGAGCCGCCAGCCGAUCAGCAGACCUCCUCCACCGUGGGCCCCUCCCCCUCCCGUAACACACCCGCCUCCAACCCGGGGUCCUCCAAUCAGGGUGGACUGAGCCGCCAGGGCCAGCCUCCGGGGGGAGGGGCGAAGCACUUAGCCCUGCCCCCUAACCUGGAGGACCUCAAGCCCAUCCCCCUCCAGGUCAGCUCCCCCCUCACCCAGCUCAGCCUCCACCCCUCCCCCCCGCAGGCGCUGUUCCAGGUCAAGGAGGAGAACGUCUCCGGGGCGGCCCCCUGCCGCUUCUCCCAGCCUGCCCCGGGGCCGCUGGACAAGGACCAGAUGCUGCAGGAGAAGGACAAGCAGAUCGAGGAGCUGACGCGGAUGCUGAGGCAGAAGCAGAGGCUGGUGGAGACGCUGAGGUCCCAGCUGGAGCAGGGCAAGCGGGCGGGCGACGUCGCGGACACGCUGCUCCGCGUCCGGGUGAAGGAGGAGCCCCUGGAGCUGGGGGUGUCGGCGUGCUCGGGGUCCCCCUGGGGCUCGUUCGGCCCCCCCCGCGCCCCCCCGUCGCCCGGCCUGCCGGAGGACGCCAUCCAGGUGACCAUCAAGGAGGAGCUGGAGGAGGAAGAGGAAAUGCUGCUGCCUGCCGAGACUCUCUGGCCACGGGAGACGCAGGGGCGCCCUCUGCAGCGGACACCGCGGGCGCGGCAGCUGCAGGAGCUGCAGCACUCGCGGCAGCUGCAGAAUGCGCCGGAGCAGGAGAUGGAGCAGUCGGAGCAGCUGCAGCAGGCGCCGGCGCAGGAGAUGGAGCAGUCGGAGCAGCUGCAGCAGGCGCCGGCGCAGGAGAUGGAGCAGUCGGAGCAGCAGCAGCAGCAGACGCCGGAGCAGCAGCAGCAGCUGCAGCAGCUGCAGGAGAUGCGGCUGCAGCAGUCCCAAGCUCAGCAGGUGAGUCACAGCCGCGCAGACCCUGCGGCCUCGCGCUUCUCGGCUGGCUCCUCCCGGGCUCCGGCGGGCAGGCUGCCCCCCCCCCACAGAGCGUCUCCUCGGCGGGGGAGACGUGUCACUGGGGAACAGGGCCCCAGAGCCUCCAUCCUGGGAGGGCUGCGGGCCGUCGGGUAG